CAUAGUUUACGAAGGGGGUGUGGCACAGAGACAGUGUAGUCACGUGGCAGGGAUUGUACCUGCGGAGUUUGGGACUGGGAGCUCACUGGUGUAAACAGAAUUACCUGCUAAAGUGGGAGAAUUUACAUGCUGGAGAAGGUGGAAACCAAACAUCAUGAGUAAACGAAAGAGCAAAGACAGAAGUCUUCCACUUGGAGAAUGUAUUUCUCAGGUACAAGCCAUCCUACGCAAGAGGUUUUUUCAUCAAAGCCAACAUGGAAAAAAGUUUGGAAUGGAAUCUCAGCAAAAACACUUAGUUGAACUUCUCAAACGAACAGUGAUUCAUGGAGAAAGUAAUUCUGCUCUGCUUAUUGGGCCCAGGGGAUCUGGAAAAAGUAUGCUGUUAAAUGAUGCUUUGAAAGAGAUACUGGAAAUAAAGCAAUUCAAAGAAAAUUCACUUAAAGUUCAUCUUAAUGGCCUGUUACAAACAAACGAUAAGAUUGCCCUGAAAGAAAUUACGAGACAAUUACAGUUGGAAAAUGUGGUUGGAGAAAGAGUUUUUGGCAGUUUUGCUGAGAAUUUAGCUUUUCUUCUUGAAGCACUGAAAACAGGUGACCGCACAUGUAGCUGUCCAGUACUAUUUAUAUUAGAUGAGUUUGAUCUUUUUGCCCAUCACAAGAACCAGACUCUGCUAUAUAAUCUAUUUGAUAUUGCACAGUCAGCACAGACUCCUGUUGCGGUAAUAGGACUAACAUGUCGACUAGAUGUUAUGGAACUCUUGGAAAAGAGAGUAAAGUCUCGAUUCUCCCACAGACAGAUUCAUCUGCUAAACUCUUUUAAAUUUACGGAGUUCCUAAAAAUAUUUCAAGAUCAGCUUUCUCUGCCACCUGAUUUUCCAGACUUGGAUUUUGCUGAAAAGUGGAAUAAUAAUAUUGAGAGUUUGCUUGAAAACAAGACUGUAGAAGAUGUCCUUCAAAAACAGUUUAACUCUACAAAAGAUGUACGAUCCUUACACAUGCUUUUGCUGCUUUCGUUAAGUCACAUAAAGGUGUCUCAUCCACAAUUGGAUGCAGCUGAUUUUCUGGAAGCCAGUCGACUUCGAUGCCUAGAUUCAAAAGCAAAUAUACUACAUGGUUUGUCAAUUCUUGAAAUGUGCUUAAUUAUAGCAAUGAAACACUUACAAGACAUAUAUGAUGGGGAGCCAUUUAAUUUUCAGAUGGUCUUUAAUGAAUUUCAGAAGUUUAUUCAAAGGAAGGCAAAUUCAAUCUAUAAUUUUGAGAAACCAGUAGUUAUGAAGGCAUUUGAGCAUUUACACCAGCUGGAAUUAAUCAAGCCAAUGGAAGGUCUCUCUGUCCGCACACAAAAAGAAUACAGUCUCAUGAAACUUCUUUUGGAUAAUAGCCAAAUUUCGGAAGCGCUUCAGAAGUACCCAAAUUGUCCGACAGAUGUAAGACAAUGGGCAACAUCAUCCCUAAACUGAAAUGCUUCCUUAUUCAAUCCAUUUGUAACUGCUAAAAAAAAAAAAAAUUUGAAUGUUUAUAAAUAAUUCUAAUUUUCUAUUAAAAUAUAAUAAACAAUAGGUUUUGUGUUGUUCUAAAAAGGAAUGCCUUACAGAUAUUCAUUCAAAGAAUGUCUGGUUAUGAGCAUUUUCAUUUUUCUAUUAUACAAUUGUAUAAUAAUCGAUUAAGCAAAGUUCUAUUAAUGGGGAAUCAUGCAUCUUGUAUAUAAUGUCAAUUAUUUAUCUGAAAUUCCUCUGCACCCAUGCAGCCUCACCCCUUUUCCAACGUAUAAAGUUAUUUCACAUCCUGAGAA